CCCAGCACCUUGCUCCCACAGCCGCCACUGGGACCAGCAGCAGUGUGAAUAUGACCAGGAUCCUUCGGGCCUACAGCGCAGUGAAACCCCUCAGACAUGUGUGUGUGUUCGGCAGACAGCUGGGCAGCACGUCGCCCUGCCUGAGGCUCCAAGCUGCUAAACUCUACAGUGUCAAGGCCCAGACAGCCCACCUGGUCUUGGAGGAUGGAACCCGGAUGAAAGGGUUCUCCUUUGGGCACAAUGUGUCGGCCGCAGGGGAACUGGUCUUCAAUACGGGCCUGGUGGGGUAUCCUGAGGCCCUGACUGACCCCAGCUACAGAGGUCAGAUCCUGACCCUGACGUACCCAAUAGUCGGGAACUAUGGCGUGCCCAACACCCAGGAGCUGGACGAGCUGGGACUGAGGAAGAAUGCUGAGUCAGAACGCAUCCAGGUAUCCGGUCUCCUGGUUCAAGACUACAGCCACGAGUACAGCCACUGGAACUCUGUCAAGUCCCUGGGUCAGUGGCUCCAAGAUGAAAAGGUUCCUGCACUGUUUGGGAUCGACACCCGAAUGUUGACCAAAGUUAUCCGAGACAAGGGCACGGUUCUGGGGAAGAUUGAAUUUGACGGACAGCCCGUUGAGAUAUCGGACCCCAACCUGAAGAACUUGGUGGCGGAGGUCUCCACCAAGGAAACCAAAGUUUUUGGAAAAGGGAACCCAAUCAAAGUAGUGGCCGUUGAUUGUGGCAUCAAACACAACAUCAUCCGCCUGCUGGUUAAGAGGGGGGCAGAGGUCCAUCUUGUGCCGUGGGACCAGGACUUGCUGAGUCUAGACUACGACGGUCUGUUCAUCUCCAACGGACCAGGAGACCCGUCUCUGGCCAAGAAGCUCAUCCAGAAUGUCAGCAAGGUGCUGGAAAGUGAUCGUCCCCAGCCGGUGUUUGGUAUCUGCAUGGGAAACCAAAUCACUGCUCUGGCUGCAGGAGCUGCAUCGUAUAAACUGCCUAUGGGCAACAGAGGCCAGAACCAGCCGGUGCUGAAUGUGAUGACGGGCCAGGCCUUCAUCACGGCGCAGAACCACGGCUACGGCAUAGAUACGGAGUCCCUGCCCCCGGGGUGGAGCCCGCUGUUCGUUAAUGCCAAUGACGGCACCAAUGAGGGCAUCAUGCACAACACUAAGCCUGUUUUCACGGCUCAGUUCCACCCGGAGGCUAAAGGGGGUCCCACAGACACAGAGUUCCUCUUUGAUACCUUCAUAUCGUUGAUCAAGAAAGGAAAGGACGCCAACCUGGUGUCAGUCAUGCCCAAGAAACCCUGCAUACCCCCGAGAGCCAAGGUGUCGAAGGUGCUGGUGCUGGGCUCUGGAGGCCUUUCCAUCGGUCAGGCUGGAGAGUUUGACUACUCUGGAUCUCAGGCCAUUAAAGCCUUGAAGGAGGAGAAUCUGAAGACGGUGCUCAUGAACCCAAACAUAGCCUCGGUUCAGACCAACGAGGUGGGAAGCAAACAGGCCGACUCGGUCUACUUCCUGCCCGUCACGCCACAAUUUGUAACUGAAGUAAUCAAGACCGAGCGUCCGGACGGCAUCCUGCUCUCUAUGGGCGGACAGACUGCGCUCAACUGCGGAGUAGAGUUGUUCCAGCGUGGCGUCCUGGAGAAGUACGGGGUAAAGGUCCUGGGAACCCCGGUGGAGUCCAUCAUGGCCACAGAGGACAGACAGCUUUUUGCUGACAAACUGAAUGAAAUCAAUGAGAAGAUCGCGCCCAGUUUCGCUGUGGAGUCGGUGACUGAUGCGUUGAAAGCAGCAGAGCGGAUUGGAUACCCGGUGAUGUUACGAUCGGCCUAUGCCCUGGGAGGUCUGGGCUCUGGUCUCUGUGCCAACAAAGAGAUCCUCGAGAAAACCGCCAACCAGGCUCUGGUCAUGAGCAGUCAGAUCCUGGUGGAGAAGUCUCUGAUGGGCUGGAAGGAGGUGGAGUACGAGGUGGUGCGAGACGUGGCUGAUAACUGCGUCACCGUGUGCAACAUGGAGAACUUCGACCCACUGGGCAUUCACACAGGUGACUCUAUAGUAGUAGCACCGAGCCAGACGCUGUCAAACGAGGAGUACCACAUGCUCCGGGAGACGGCCAUCAAGGUGGUCCGUCACCUUGGCAUUGUAGGUGAAUGCAACAUCCAGUACGCUCUCCACCCUUUGUCCCUGGAGUACUGCAUUAUCGAGGUGAACGCCCGGCUCUCCAGAAGCUCGGCUCUUGCAUCCAAAGCCACCGGGUACCCGUUAGCAUUUGUAGCUGCUAAGCUGGCACUGGGAAUCCCCCUACCAGAGAUCAAGAAUGCGGUAUCGGAGAAGACCACGGCCUGCUUUGAACCCAGUCUGGACUACAUCGUCACCAAGAUCCCCCGCUGGGACCUGGACCGCUUCCAGGGCAUGUCCAGUGAAAUCGGCAGUUCCAUGAAGAGUGUCGGAGAGGUGAUGGCAGUGGGCCGGACCUUUGAGGAGAGUGUUCAGAAGGCCCUGCGGAUGUGUCAUCCAUCAGUGGACGGCUUUGUGCCCCACCUGCCACUCAAGAAAGCCUGGUCUGACACGCAGGACUUGCAGCAGGAGCUUGCUGUGCCCUCCAGCACCCGCGUCUUCUCCCUCGCCAAGGCUCUCCACAGUGGCAUGAGUGUGGAUCAGAUCCACCAGCUGACGUUCAUCGACAAGUGGUUCCUCCACAAGCUGCGCAAGAUAACCCACAUGGAUCAGCACCUGGCAAACUACAAGAGCAGCACAGUAACCAAAGACCUGCUGCUGCAGGCCAAGCAGGACGGGUUCUCAGACCGACAGGUUGGUCAGCUUCUGGGCUCCAGUGAGAGCGCGUGCAGAGAGCUGAGGCUCACUCACGGGAUCAAACCGUGGGUCAAACAGAUCGACACCUUGGCAGCAGAGUAUCCAACUAUGACCAACUACCUGUAUUGUACAUAUCAUGGUCAGGAGCAUGAUCUGGAAUUUAAAGAUCAGGGAAUCAUGGUUCUUGGUUGUGGGCCAUACCACAUCGGGAGCAGUGUUGAGUUCGACUGGUGUGCGGUGUCCAGCAUCAGGGCCCUGAGAGAGAUGGGUAAGAAGACGGUGGUGGUGAAUCACAACCCGGAGACCGUCAGCACCGACUUCGAUGAAUGUGACCGACUUUAUUUCGAAGAGCUGACGCUGGAGCGCGUCCUGGACAUCAACGACCAAGAGGGUUGCUCAGGCAGCAUCGUGUCAGUGGGAGGCCAGAUCCCCAACAAUCUUGCCGUGCCGUUGCACCUGAACGGGGUGAGGAUUCUCGGGACGAGCCCCUUGCAGAUUGACCGGGCUGAGGAGCGAUCCGUCUUCUCCAGUGUCCUUGAUGACCUCGGGGUGGCCCAGGCCCCAUGGAGGGCUCUCAGUUCUCUGGAAGAUGCUUUUUCAUUCGCCAACCAAGUGGGCUACCCCUGUCUGCUCCGCCCCUCCUACGUCCUCAGCGGCUCAGCCAUGAAUGUUGUGUACGGGGAAGAGGAGAUGAAACGUUUCUUGGAGGAGGCCACUCAGGUGUCCCAGGAGCAUCCAGUGGUCAUUACCAAGUUCGUCCGCGGUGCCAGGGAGGUAGAGGUGGAUGCUGUGGCCAAGGCUGGCAGGGUUGUGGCCCAUGCCAUCACAGAGCAUGUGGAGGAUGCUGGGGUUCACUCAGGAGAUGCCACUUUAAUGCUGCCAGCCCAGAGCAUUAGCCAGGGGGCGCUAGAAAAGGUGAAAUCUGCCACCCGCAAAAUCGCGCAGGCAUUUGAAAUUUCCGGGCCCUUUAACACUCAAUUUCUGGUUAAAGGCAAUGAUGUCAUGGUGAUAGAGUGUAAUCUGCGGGCGUCACGCUCCUUCCCUUUUGUAUCAAAAACAAUCGGCGUGGACUUUAUCAACGUGGCAACCAAAGUGAUGGUGGGGGAGCCUCUGGAUGAGGCCAGCCUGCCCUCGCUGGAGAACCCCAUCAUUCCUGUAGACUACGUUGGCAUCAAGGCGCCCAUGUUCUCCUGGCCGCGGCUGAGGGAUGCAGACCCUGUGCUUCGCUGUGAGAUGGCCUCCACUGGAGAAGUAGCUUGUUUUGGACCAAACAUUUAUUCAGCCUUCCUGAAAGCUAUGCUCUCCACAGGCUUCAAGCUGCCACAGAAGGGCAUCCUGAUUGGAAUUCAGCAUUCAUUCCGACCCAAUUUCCUGGCAACAGCGCACCAACUGAAAGAGGAAGGCUUCAAACUCUUCGCUACUGAAGCUACCUCUGCAUGGCUGUGUGCCAACGACGUGCCUGCCACUCCAGUAGCCUGGCCCUCGGAGAAGGGAGAAGAAACCAGUUUGCCUGGUAUUAAGAGACUGAUAAGCGAAGGUCUCAUUGACCUGGUGGUCAACUUGCCCAAUAACAACUCUCGUCACCUGAAGGAUAACUUCGUCAUCCGCAGAAUGGCUAUCGACCACGGUGUUCCCCUCAUCACCAAUUACCAGGUGGUGAAGCUGUUUGCAGAAGCGAUUCACUACGCAGGUGAGCUCGACUCCACCAGCCUCUUCCACUACCGGCAGAAAGAAGCCAAAGAAAGAGGAGUGAGACAGCAGAUCUAGAGCUUCCUCCUUGGACCUUCAAACACCUUUGGGGCACUUGGUAAAACAACAGUGUUAAGUGGGAGCAAAAUGUUGUAAUAUCAUUUCUUGUAUCUGUUUUCCCACUCCACUCAACGUGGCAGGACUUGCAGUCUGUUGGGAAUUACUUAGACCAAAACUUUAUAAUGGUGAAGCCAACUGCUGUUGCAAGUUUCAGUUUCCACUGUGAUAAGGUGCCUUUUAAAAGGGUUUGUGAUCUAUAAUCUGGGAUUUUACUCUACAAUUUUUUAUAGAAUUGUGGUUAAAUAUAGAAAACUUUGUUGUGUUUGUCCUCCUUCAGUCAGACUUGCUUAUAACUGUAAAAAUUCAAGAAGGGUCCUAACUGUGAUUUAAGUUUGCAUCUGUAAAUGUAAAUACAUUGUUAAGAAUUGAUUGUUGACCAGAUGCUCUGCAGAUCUUUCCUUAAACAGGUGUCCUCUCAUGUUGCAGGAGGACAAACACAGUUAAAGAGAUUUUUAUACUCGGUACUCCAAACAUUCUUCCUAUUAAAGUCUUAUGAGUAAACUAUAGAUAUGAGUUAUUAGUUUACAUUACUGUAUAAAACCCCCCAUAAAAGGUCAGUUAUUAUAAUGUGAUAACAUGAGGCUAAUGGCACUGCCUUUAUUUCACAGUGUUUGCUGGUGUGUUACAGUUGUGGCUUUGCGUUUGUUUUGUAUGUAUGAUCAGUGGGCCUAUGUAUGUAUGCAUUUUGUAAUUUGAAAUGACAUUUUUCAACUUGUCAGCUCCCCCUUUGUUCAUUUUAAAACCAAUGGUAUGCAAAUAAUUCAGCUUUAGACCAAAAAUGGUUUUGAAAAUGUAUUAUAUGUUAAACAUGUACUAUGAGAAUGAGUAGCAAUUAGGGUCAUAAGAGGAAAUUUUAAUUUUUCAAGAGCUCGACCCUCAGAUCCUAUCUUAAAAAGUUGAUGACAACUGAUGUGUUUCUAUUUAAUGUAGUGAGCGCUUCUACAUUUAAUAUUGGUCUGCAUUUUUUAAACUGACACCAUUUUUUUUACAUUUAUUAGCUGUUUUACAUUAAUUGGUGACCCACUACAUGUUUUACUUGCAUAAAAUCUUUAUGCAGCCAUUUGAUUCACUUACUUACUCUCUCCCUCUCUUCCCCAAAACACAUUAACAACAUACCCAUUGGCCUUUAUGGGCAGUACCAUGAAAAGUCCUCCCACAUUAGUGGCAUUUGAUAUGCCACAGAUCAAAUGUCAUUUUGUAACAAACACUGCACUCUUAAAGUACAUUUAAUUAUGUAUAGAAAUAAUUCCCCUCACUGUGUACAUUUUGUGGUUGUCUUGUUCAUGUUUGUGUUGUGUAAAAUCCAGUGAAUUACAAUGAAGUAUUCUCUCACA